UACUUCCCACAAACUCAUUCGAGUGUUCUUCUUCUUCGUUUUGAAUCAAAAUCUCAUUCGAUUGAAAAUGUCUUGCUGUGGAGGAAAUUGUGGAUGUGGAUCCUCUUGCAAGUGCGGCUCCGGCUGUGGAGGAUGCAAGAUGUACCCAGACAUGACGGAAAUGAGCUUUGUCGAGAAAUCCACAACCGAGACUCCUGUUCUUGGCAUGGCUCCCCAUAAACCGCGCUUUGAGGGAUCUGAGAUGGGAGUUUUGGCUGAGAGCGGCUGCAAGUGUGGAGACAAUUGCACCUGCAACCCUUGCAACUGUAAAUGAGCCUAAGAUUCAAGGAAGCAAGGAGAGCCCUCUCUCUUUUUA